AUGGCCUUAUCGUUCUACCAGCAGCACUGUAUUCAUGCAACGCUAAGUUCGGUUGCCGAGGCUGGAAACGUCGCCCUUGCACACCCACCGCGAAGCCGAUGGGUUCCAACGAAAAUGGCGGUUUGGACGGACUCGUCUUGGAAAAAUCUGAAGUUGAGAGAAAACCUCAUUAUUUUACCAGCUGGCUUCGAAAAUGCAUUAGAGUGCUUCAAGUCAGAGUACCCAAGAGCGGUCAUCAUGAAGAAGCCCGAGGACAUGGAGCCAGAUUGGUUCACCGAUGACUAUUUACCUGUCCUGCUAUUCAGCCCUGCGGAAUUCGCUGGAACAUCAAAAUGGCGUGAAGCGUGGACUCUAGUGAUGCAACUCGUCGCCAAAGGCACUGAAGUGAUCGCGCUCGGUGGACCGUAG